UGCUGCUGCUGCCGCCGCCGCCGCCGCCGCUGCCGCUGCCGCUGCCUCCGCUGGCGAAGCGGCGCGUACGGCUUCGGUGGCGCGCGCCUGUUACGGCGGCGCGGUUACGGCAUACACGGAGGCAGACAUGGAGGAGAGUCAGCUGUUGAUGACGGAACUUCCGGCGCUAACGCCGAGCCGUGGCGGCACGACGCUGCUGCACAGGCCCGGGCACUAUUACCACCUGCACCAACCGCACUUGGCGAUCCCGACGCCGCAGAGCCAGGCGAUCUCGAUGCACAACUCCAGCACGGCGCCGCACUACAACGCGAGCAACGACGCCGCCGGCGGCGGCGUCGGCGGUGCCGGCGGCGGAGGCGGCCCCGCGAAUGCCGGCGGCUUGCCGGCUUACGUGCAGGGCGGCAUCUCGUCGCGGCAGAUGCCGCAGGUGCCGCGCGGCACCGCCGCCGCGGCCGGACACGCCGUCGCCAGCACCCACGUGUCCUGCCUCUACCCGGAGAUCCUCGCGUUGAUCUUCAGCUACUUGGAGGUGCGCGAUAAAGGACGAGCGGCGCAGGUGUGCACCGCGUGGCGCGACGCCGCGUAUUACCGCUCGGUCUGGCGAGGGGUCGAGGCGCGGCUGCACCUGAGGAAACAGGCGCCGGCGUUGUUCGCCAGCCUGGUGCGACGCGGCGUGAAGAAGGUGCAGGUACUGUCGCUCAGGCACGGCCUCAGCGCCGUGCUGAGGGGCGUGCCGAAUCUCGAGGCGCUCAACUUGUCCGGCUGCUACAACAUCACCGACACCGGCAUCAUGAGCGGCUUCUGCCAGGAACUGCCGACCCUCACCGUGCUCAACCUGUCGCUGUGCAAGCAGGUGACGGACACGUCGCUCGGCCGGAUAGCGCAGUACUUGAAGAACCUCGAACAUCUCGAGCUAGGCGGAUGCUGCAACAUCACCAACACCGGCCUCAUGGUGAUCGCGUGGGGACUGAAGAAACUCAAGCGGCUGGACCUGAGGAGCUGCUGGCACGUGUCCGACCAGGGUAUCGCUUACCUGGCCGGGCUGAACCGCGAGGCCGACGGUAACCUCGCUCUGGAGCACCUGAGUCUACAGGACUGCCAGCGACUGAGCGACGAGGCGCUCAGGAACGUGUCGCUUGGCCUCACCACCCUCAAGUCCAUUAACCUGUCGUUUUGCGUCUGCAUCACCGACUCCGGCGUCAAGCAUCUGGCGCGGAUGUCGAGUCUGCGCGAGCUCAACCUACGCUCCUGCGACAACAUCUCCGACAUCGGCAUGGCGUACCUCGCCGAGGGCGGCAGCCGCAUCACCUCGCUCGACGUGUCGUUCUGCGACAAAAUCGGCGAUCAGGCGCUCGUCCACAUCUCCCAGGGUCUGUUCAACCUCAAGUCCCUGUCACUGUCCGCCUGCCAGAUCAGCGACGAGGGCAUCUGCAAGAUCGCCAAGACCCUGCACGACCUCGAGACCCUCAACAUCGGCCAGUGCAGCCGACUCACCGACCGGAGUCUGCACACCAUGGCCGAGAACAUGAAGCAUCUCAAGUGCAUCGACCUGUACGGCUGCACCAAGAUCACCACCAGCGGCCUCGAGCGGAUCAUGAAGCUGCCGCAGCUGAGUACGUUGAAUCUUGGCCUGUGGCACGUGCGGUGAUGGCUUUUUCCGUCGGAGCAGAGCGCUCGUCGGGACGAACGCCAUCAUCGUCAUCGUCACCGUCAUCGUCACCAUCACCAGCAUCGUCACCACCACCACCAACACCAUCACCACCACCAC